UGAAGUGUGUCGUGGAGCUACGCAUACCAGACAUCAUACACUCCCAUGGUCGCCCAAUGACCUUAACCCAAAUCGCCAUUGAAAUUGGUUCUACUUCUCCCUCACUGGACAUCAACUGUCUGGCUCGCAUCAUGAGAUUCUUAGUCCACAAACAAGUGUUCUACGAAAUGUCUCAACCCCAUAACGGAGAGUCUUUGUAUAGAUUGAACCAGUCCUCUAACUAGCUGUUACAGGACGCCGAGCAGAGCUUGGUCCCCUUGGUGUUCAUGCGCAACCACCCGUUCAGUACGUCUCCCUUCCAGUGCCUUAGCCAGUGCGUGAAAGAGGGCGGCACUGCUUUCCAGAAGACCCAUGGCCGAGAGAUGUUUGAGUUUGCUUCUGUAAAUCCAGAGUUCAAUUUGCUGUUCCACCAAGGCAUGGCAUGUACAACCAAGAUCAUAACGAAGGCGAAGAUUUCAGAGUAUGGAGGAAUUUUUGAUUCGAUUGUAUCUUUGGUUGAUGUUGGGGGUGGGACUGGAGUUGUGGUGGCUGAGAUUGUGAAGGUGUAUACAUAUAUCCAAGGAAAAAACUUUGAUUUGCCUCAUGUAGUUGCUACUGCACCAGUGUACAACGGAGUAACCCAUGUUGGGGGUGAUAUGUUCAAGGCCAUUCCUCAGGCUGAUGCGAUCCUGAUGAAGGUAAAGUCUCUCUCCUGAUUAAAU